AUGCUUCAAGGUAGAAUGGAUGAUAAUCAAUGGAUUAAUGAUGAUCACAUGGAUUAGCCUGAGGAUGUUGGAUUUGACAAGGAAGAGAUAUAAAGAGUGGAAUUGUUUGUCAAUAAGCCAUUUGAUAUUCCCAAUUUUCCAAAGAAUGAGCAGAUAAAGUAGGCAGGAAUCUCCUCACAUAUGUUUGUGAUAAUAACAAGACAAAAUAACAUAUAUCGAUGGAGACCAGAGAGAGACGAUCAUUGUGUGUAGAUGGAAUUGCCAGAGGUUCAAUAAAGUGGUUUGACAGGGAAGUUGCUGGGAGGAAAGAAGAAUGAGAGGAAGGAUAUUAUCUUAGAGAAGUUAUUUUUAUUUGGACCACAUGCCUUGAUAGUGUCAGACAACGGGGAAAGCUUUUAUAUCAAUGUAAGAUCAGACAGGAUCCGAUCAAUGGAACAAUUAAAGGGAAAACAAAUCAAAUGUGUGGGUUGGGAUGAUCAAUGUGAUGAAACUGACACUCAUGAAAUGCUACUGGCGACGAAAGAUUCAAAAAUCUAUAUUUAUAGAAUCGAUUGUAGACAAGCAGAGGUAAGAGAAGAAGAAGCAAAAUUGAUGGUCACCAUUCCCAACGAGAGGUAAAUCAAUUAGAUUGAACAAUUCACAGUGAUGUACGAUAAUAAUAAAUACGCUUGUGUUGUUGUUUCCACCAACUUUAGUUUGUUCUUCUUUUAUGGAUUAAACAGUUUAAGCAUUUUAUUUACCAAAUACAAAGACCCUCAAAGUGUUGCUAGAGCAGAAUCAUAACCAUCUCGUUAUCACACGAGUUUAUUGGCUGUGUCUCAAAAGAAAAAUUCAUUUCUAUUUACAAAUGGCAAAUCAUUAAAUUUAUUCACACUUCCUGAGAAGGAUUUGAAUGAGUCAAUUUUACAAUAAGCUAAACAAUUGAAAUCAGUGAAUAAUUAUUCAGAAAUGCCAGUUCAAAUUGGAUUAACAGACUUUCAUUACUUUAUUUUGAGUGCUGAUUCUUUGACCAUAUUCAGCAAAAUCACUUAAUAGGAAGUCUAAAAAUAUGAACUCAGAGGUAUGGGUAGAAUAAUGGGUAUGCAAUAUGAGAGAGAUGGCUAAGUCUUUUGGAUCUAUUCCGAGAGGACAUUUUGUAAGAUUGAGACUGAAGAUGAAGAUAAGGAAGCAUGGAAAUUGUUGAUGGAUUAAAAAAUGUACGUUGAAGCUUAUGAGAUAUCAAACAAGUAUAAUUCAGAAUACACUAAAUACAUUGCAGGAUUAUGUGGAGAUCAACUAUUCUAAUAGAAAAGAUAUAAUGAAGCUGCAACAUAUUACGAAAAGUCUUCAAAACAUUUCGAAGAGAUCUUCUUGAAAUUUUUGAAUUGCGAUGACAUGAAAGCUAGAAUUGGAUUAGAAUAGUAUCUCAAACAUUUAAUCAAUAACUUGAAAGGAGAAAUUGAAAGGACUCUAGUAUUGGGAUGGCUUGGAGAAUUAUUGAUCUAUAGAUUGAAUGAAUAAGAGAAGUUAAUACAUGAAACUAGGAAUUAUGAGAAUGAUGCUUAGAGAGACAAAGAUAUCAAAGAAAAGAAAUAAUAAUUAAAUCAAUUAAAUGAAGAUCUAGAUCACUUCUUGAAAACUUAUAAAUUAGAAUUAGAUUAGAAUCUUGUUUAUUAAAUUAUGGUAAGUCAUGGUAGAUUGUAAAAUUGUGUUGAAUAUGCUAAACUCAAUAAUAAUUAUGAGAUGAUCAUUCAACAUUAUAUUAAUGAAGAAAAUUAUAAAGAAGCCAUCAAAAACUUGAAUAAUGUAAAGGAAAAGAGUUCAAUGGAAAUCAUCUAAAAAUAUUCAUUUAUUCUUAUGAGACAUGAACCAGAAUAAACAUUAGAUAUAUUAUAAAAGAAUAUUAAGAAGUUUGAUUAAACUAAGAUCAUAGGUGGUCUUAUGAAUAUUCCUGUAGAAAAAAGAGAAUUUGGAAUUAGAUUCUUAGAACAUUCCAUCAAUAAAUUAGAUUGUGCUGAUAAAAGUAUACAUAACAUCCUAAUAUUCUUCUUAACUUAGCCAUUAUAAAAAGAAAAGCUUAAUUACUACUUAUAGGAAUAAGAAGCCAUCUUAAAAAAGACUGAAAAAGUAAACUUUGAUUUAGAUUUUGCAUUAAGACUAUUCAAAUAGGCUAGUUGUAUAGAUGCUCAAAUCACUAUUUAUGGAAUGAUGUCACUUUAUACUGAAUCAGUUACAUUAGCUUUAGAUUAUGGAAUGAUUGAGAAGGCUAAGGAGUAUGCUUAAAAACCAGAAGAUGAUGAUGAGAAAAAGAAGAAAUUAUGGAUGAUGAUCGCUGAAAGAUUGUUAUCUUAGAAUUAAGAUAUUGACAAGGUCAUUGAACUUACGAAGAAUAGUUAGUAAAUUAAGAUUGAAGAUCUUUUGCCUCACUUUAAUGAAAACAUUAAGAUUGAAUAAUUCAAAGAUGAAAUUUGUAAUUCUCUUAAGAAGUAUAAUGAAGAGAUUGAGAAAUUAAAAGAUGAAAUGAAAAAGCUAUCAGCAAAUUCAGAUUAAUUAAAGAAUGAAUUGAAAAUGACAAAAAAUAAGUUCUUAAUCAUUGAUACUUAAUAAAAAUGUGAUCAUUGUGCUAAAUAACUAUUCAAUGAUACAUUUUAUAUAUUCCCUUGUAAUCAUGGAUUUCAUAAAGAUUGCAUAGUUACAAAGAUUAAAUCCUUGCCUCAACACCAAGCCAAUAUUCCAUAGAUAGAGACAUAUGAUAUGACAAUGUAAUCUAUUUUAGUCAAAUCCAAUCCCAAUCAGAAUGCUAGUAAAAAAUAAUAAGAUGGUCAAUCCUUUUUCUAAAUUAUGAACAUUUUUGGAGGAGCAAAAUAGGAAUAGAGACCAUAAUCUACAUUAACUCCAGAUGAAGAGAAGCUAUUGAGAGAAACCAAAGAAAAGUUUGAUAAAAUUGUUGCUAGUGAGUGUAUCUAUUGUGGACCUAAAGUUGUUGAUUCUAUUCAAUUUGGAUUUGAAUUGGAUGCAAGAGAGAAAGAUACAUGGAGUUUAUGA